UCUGCAUUUCAAUGGCUGCCAAAAUCCCAUUUCUGCCAUUGUUGUUGCAUUUCUUCUUGUUUGCUUCUUGUUUCCUACCCCAAUCAUCUUCCCAGUCCAUCCCUCAAAACGUUCAAGUCUUUUAUCCAUGGCCUCUUCCUCCUCCUCCUCCUCUUCCACCACCGCCACCUCCAUCACCAUCGCAACCGCCACCUCCACCUCCAUCAGCGGAUAUUACACCUACUCCUACUCCCACCAUCAGCACACCUGCCCCCACAUCAAAGUCAUCUAACAAAACCGUUGCCACAGCAGUGGCUGCAACUGCAGCAAGUGCUUUGGUUUUAUCAGGGUUGUUCUUUUUACUACUCGUGAGAUAUAAACGCUACCGGAAAGAGAAAGAACCGAGUUUACAUGGUGGCAAUGACAACGGCAAUGACAAUACCCGGCAACCGGUUUUGCUUAUGCAUGAUCAGUUUAUGAGAUUUGAAGGGGUCAAAGGGGUGAUUGUUGAUGAAGAAGGAUUAGAUGUGCUUUAUUGGAAGAAUCUAGAUGGUGAUGAUGGGCCUAAAAAAGCACUCUUUAGGAAAGAACGCCCAAGAAUCAACGAGAAAGAAGAAGAAAAGAAAAUGAUGGCAGUUGACCAUGGCGGAAGAAAGUCAAAGAAAUUUGAAGUUCAAAUUCAGGAAGUUCCUUUACUCAGAGGAAAAUCUUCAGGUUCUCACCUUUGGCCUUCGGGGGAAGAAAAUAGAAGUCAAAAUAAUUCUCCUCCGGUUGUGAAUCAAGAAAUCUUGAUGAAAAGUCAGCUGUCAUCACGCUCUCCACCACCAACACCGCCUUCACCACCACCACUGCCGCCACCUCCCCCUCCUCCACCACCUUCAACUGUGGUAGCAAGAAAGAGUUAUGUCCCGCCACCACUGUUACCACCUGAAAUAGGUGGUUUCACUUCAUCAUCAAGACCAGCACCACCUUCACAGGUCAAACUCAAGCCACUGCCUUGGGAUAAAGUCAACGCUAACGUGGGGCAUCCAAUGGCAUGGGACAAAAUGAAAAACGGUUCUUUCAGGUUUGAUGAUAAUCUCAUGGAAGCGCUUUUUGGAACCGUGGCAGCAAACAAAAAAUCGCCACGAGAGAACAUCAACUCGCCAACUCCAAAAAACAUACUAAAAUCAGGUCCACCCUCUCAAGUGUUCAUCCUUGACACCCGGAAAUCGCAAAAUAUAGCAAUAAUUCUUCGAUCAUUAGUCGUCUCCAGACAAGAAAUCAUUGAUUGCCUCCUUGAAGGCAAAGGCCUAGACACAGAUACCCUCGAAAAGCUUAGUCGAAUCAGUCCCACAAAAGAAGAAGAAGAACUCAUUCUCAACUAUGAUCAAGACAUCACACGGCUAGCUGACGCUGAAUCUUUCCUCUACCACAUACUGAGAGCAGUUCCCUCAGCUUUUACUCGAUUCAACGCUAUGUACUUCAAGUUAAACUACACCUCAGAAGCAUCCAACAUCAAGAACACCUUACUUACGAUUGAAACGGCUUGCAAAGAACUUAGAAAUCGUGGGAUUUUCGUUAAACUGCUAGAAGCAAUUCUAAAAGCAGGCAAUCGUAUGAAUGCGGGAACCUCAAGAGGAAAUGCUCAAGCUUUUAAUCUGAAUUCUCUACUGAAGCUAUCCGAUGUUAAAAGCAGUGAUGGAAAGACAAGUUUGCUUCAUUUCGUUGUUGAAGAAGUUGUUCGCUUAGAGGGAAAACGCUGCAUGAUCAACCGAAAUCACAGCUUAAGAAAUAGUACCGUUGGCUUAAACUGUGAUGCAUCUCGAGGGAAAGAUUACAUAAUGCUGGGAUUGCCUGUAGUGGGAGGAAUAAGUUCCGAGUUUUCUAAUGUCAAGAAAGCUGCUGGAAUUGACUAUGAUUUCCUUACAAAAUCAUGCUCGGGGUUAAGCAAUCGUUUGGCUGAAAUCACAAAGACUGUGGAAAUAUGUGGUGGUGAUGAUGGUGGACGGGGUUUCGUGAGGGAAAUGGAGAAGUUCGUCGAGAGGGCAGAACAGGAAAUUCAAGCGUUGAGCGAAGAAGAAGAACGUAUUAUCGGGCUCGUGAAGAAAACGAACGAGUACUUUCAAGUUGGGGCUUCAAAAGAUAAAGGAAGGAAGCAGUUUCAACUGUUUGUGAUAGUGAAAGCUUUUCUUGAAAUGGUUGAUAAGGCUUGUGUUGAUAUUGCUAUAAAACUACAAAAGAGAAGAACAGGGGGCGAACAGGAGGCAACAGCGGUGUUGCCAACGCCCAAAUCUCCCAACCGGCCCUCGGUGAAGUUUCCGGUAUUGCCGCCGAAUUUCAUUAGCAGCAGCAGCAGUUCGAGUGAUUCAGAUGAAGAUUUGUAAGUAAGCAAAGAACAUGUAUAGAAACAUCACUUGUGUGCAUUUGAAAUGAGGAAGUCAAGUGUAUC